CCAAGCGCGCCCUUUUUCCUCAAAAUCAAAACCUUUGGCGCCCUAAAUUACAAAUCACUGAUAUUGAAACCCUUUAGACCAAAACUGAACCCCAAAACGGUACUCACAAUUCACUCCUUCACGGUGGCACGGCACGGCACUCUGGGGAAUAAAAGUCUCUAGUUCAUGAUAUGGAAUACCUAAAGAAGCUGAGACACCCAUUACUUACAUCAAAAGAGCCCAAUGAAGAUCCUGCAAUGGAGAUGCAAGAUCUAAUAACAAUGUUACAGAGUAAGCAGUAUGUGUUCUGGCAUAGAAGAAGCGGAAAUUCAGAUAUAUUUUGGACUCAUCCAGGCGCAAUACAUUUGUUGAACCAAUUUCCCUUUGUCUUGGUCAUCGGCUGCACGUAUAAAACCAAUAGAUUCCGGUUCCCACUGCUUGAAAUUGUUGGUGUUACUUCAACAGAGUUAACAUUUACCGUGGCAUUCGCCUUUUUGGAUUCCGAGCGAUUAGAUAACUUCACUUGGGCAUUACAGAAGCUAAGAGGAUUGUUUUUGAGAGAUGAUUCAAUUUCUCAAGUUAUUGUGACUGACAAAGACCCUGUUUUGAUGAAUGCGAUUGAAUUUGUUUUUCCUGAUUCAUGUAUUUUGCUAUGUCGAUUUCACAUGUCUAUAAAUGUAAGACCAAAAUGCAAGAAGUCGGUGUCUCCAAAAGAGACAAUCGUGAAUGUGCUUGACGCAUGGAGUGAUCUUAUUAAUUCUCCCGACGAGGUUGAGUAUUUAGAGCGCUUGCAUCAUUUUGAGGUACUAUGUGAAAAUCAUCCUAUUUUUCUAGAGUACGUCAAAAAUAUGUGGUUGAUUCCUCACAAAGAAAAGUUUGUCUUAGCGUGGACUAAUCGAGUGAUGCACUUAGGAAAUACAACAACUAACAGGGUUAGGUCUAUACGUGGUACUUGGAAGUCACUAAUGCAUGAUAGAAGUGGAGACAUGUGUGAAUGUUGGGAUGCAAUGAAUAAUAUGUUUAGACUGCAACAUUGUGCAAUAAGGGCUUCAUUCGAAAGAAGCACAUACAUGGUGCAGCACCGACAUAAUAUUCCUGUGUAUGAUAAAUUGAGAGGAUAUGUAUCAAAGAACGCAUUGAUCCAUAUUGGUCUUGAGUAUGAUCGAAUGAGCUCUACAGAUAUUGAAAAUUUUAUUUGUGGUUGUAAAGUUAGAAAGACGUAUGGUUUACCUUGUGCGUGUGAACUUCUGCAAUAUAAUAGGACGAGUGUUGUUGCGAUUCCAUUGUUGGUAGUUCAUAUACAUUGGAGAAGAGUAAAAUUUGGUGAUAAAAAGGAUAAUGAGACAGACAAGUUGGAAGAGGAAGACUUUGCGCAGGAGUGGGAUGUAUUGGUAGAGCGAUUUCGAGAACUUGACAUUGCUGGUAAAAUUACUCUGAAGAGCAAAGUGCGCGAUCUUGCAUUUUCUGAUACAACUUCAAUGUGUCAAGCUCCUAUCAUUGAAGGUGAAGGCCCUUCUACUAGUGGCAAAGGCCCUUAUGAGGAAGACUUGGUGCAUGAGUGGGAUGCAUUGUUAAAGCGAUUUCGAGAACUUGACAUUGUUGGUAAAGUUAUUUUAAAGAGCAAAGUGCAUGAACUUGUAUUUCCAGAUACAAUUUCAACGUCUCAACCUCAAAUGAUGGAAGAUGAAUGCCCUUCUAUUAGUAGCAACAACCCUUCUAUUGGUCAUGAGUCAGUUUGGGAGAGGAGGUGCCACAGAGCUGCCGCGAUUCUUCGGACUGUCUUAGAUAAGCAGUUCCUUCUUGAAGGAACUGAGCCUGAUGAACACCUCACUCGGGCACUAUGCAUAUUGCAAUAUGGAACUGCGGAAGGUGAAAGUAUGGAGGGACUAGCAUAUCAGAGAAGAAAGAAGCCUCGCUCCAUCGACUGAUUAUAUUGACUAAUGUUUUUAUUCACUUAACUAUCUUUUUUGUUUAAUCCCUUGCUGUUAUUGUAAUGAUUUUUGUUAUGCUAGUCUAACAUUUUCUGUUGAA